CUGGUCGUAGGACUGUGGCUGCUGCUUGUACAGGGGCUAUGGUCAGUGCUCCGACAUCACUUCCUGAAAUGGAACAAACUCAGCAUGCCCACAUAUGCAAAGAGGCCGAGCCUUUCCCAUGCGGUUUGCUCUGUCUCUAUGGUGAUGGGAGUAAACCAGCCCUACUGUGCCUCGAUGGUUUCCUGCUGGCAACACUUAUCCAGCUGUUUGUGAGUUGGGGGUUGAACAGAUGAUUCAGGAGCAGUGAUCAGUCAUGUCAACAGUGACCGGUGCCGACACUGUUGAGUCAAAUGGGGGCAACAUGUCUGCCCUGACCUGAGGACCAGAAAACACAGGUAGUCAAAUCCCAGGUCACCGUUGGGGAUUCAGACAACGAGCAAACAUGCUGUCCUCGUUCUACUCUGUGCUGAUGAACUUCACCGAGAGUAAUUUCCAGUUGUCAGCCAUGUUGGAAGCGUCGGCUGAGGCUGAAGGGAUCAGCAGCAUCGCCUCAGACACCACACUAGGCUCCUCCAUCACCGCCUGCAAGAAGGUGCUGUGCAGCAACAGCCUGCUGGACUCUAGUGAAUACUGGCUGAGGAACAACAAGGUGCUGUGCAGAGUGAGCCUGCUCGAGGAAGACUUUGACAGGAGCUGCACCACUAUCUGCUUCGUGAAUCUGGACCAGACCAAGGUGUCUCAGCAGGAUGACAGCCGUGUCAAGAAGCUGGCCUCAGUCUCUCCAGAUCUACCCAAGCUCAUUGGUUCCCUGAGUGUGCGCCAGCCCAAGGAAAAUGAGAUCCUCCUGCUAAGUGGGCUGGAGGCUCCUGACACCUGUCACCCAGACCCUUCCCAUCCCAGGAGAGGUGCAGAUGUGUGUCUGGUGCAGUGUGCCGGGGGGCCACGACCCAUUGAAGCUGACAGUAUCAUAUUUGAGAUCAACAAGUUCCUGAUUGGGCUGCAGUGGGGUCAGGACAAACAGCCCCUGGGUAGAGGGGCGGGGCCCCGUCUGGACGAUGACACCCACCGCUCCAUCUCAUCCAUAGAGGAUGAUUUUCUGACGGCCUCGGAACACCUGGGGGAUGACAGUGAGGACGAUGGCUUCAAGAACGAGGCUGACAGCAGAGAGGUGGCAGAGAGCCGGCCAGAGACAGCCCACAGGGGUCGCCCCGCGGGUCAGAAGGCACGCCUGGAUGAGCGCCAGGACAGUGAGGAGUCUGAGGCGGCCAUCUGCGCCCCGGCAAAGAAGAGAGGAGCUCGUCCAUCCAGCCGCUACACCAAGGAGUCCGCCGGCCACUACGCAACCAACCUGGCCGAGUCGGUUCUCCAGGACGCCUUCAUCCGCCUGUCUCAGGACGAGCCCUCGUUCGUCCCGGAGGUUGCCGUGAGCGUGUCCCUGAGCAGUCACCCAAUCCCCUUUCCCCAUCCCCCAGCCUGCCCCUUUGAGCUCCCCAAGAUCGUAAUCGUACAAAGCCCAGACAAUGCCGAGGGGUCACCGGAGUGGCCAGGACCUCAGGCCUCUCAUCUACCGGUGGACCAGGCUGGCCCUCCCCAGGCUGGCCCUCCCCAGGCUGGCCCUCCCCAGGCUGGCCCUCCCCAGGUUGGCCCUCCCCAGGCUGGCCCUCCCCAGGCUGGCCCUCCCCAGGCUGGCCCUCCCCAAGCUGGCCCUCCCCAGGCUGGCACAGCAGAGCCACACAGGAAACGUGGCAGGAGCAGCCACACCUCCAAGCCCCUGGAAGUGGCCCUGGCAUGUGCAGCCAGCGUCAUUGGAACCAUCAGCAGCCCGCAGGCUACAGAGCAACUGUCCCUAGAGCCAGAGGAGGAGGACACAGGAGGUGAAGGGGAGGACGACCCAGGAGGAGAAGGGGAGGAGGACCCAAACGCCACGGACUACUCCUUCUCCUCUGCAAUGUGUGGCAUGGCCCAAGUGGCCGGGGCGAUAGCGGUGGUGGACCUGACCGAGGAGUCUGGCGAAGGCUGCGAGUCAGACGAGUCCUCUGAGGCGUACUCUGCCUCGCGCGGCCUCAUGAACGCAGCGCAGGCGUCCGCCGCCGUGCCCCUCCACUGCAGCGUGGCCGAGGGCAGUAGCAUCGAGAGCUUCAGGGCCAACAUUGCGGAGGUCCUCCACAAAGAGGCCGCCGAGGUCCUGGCCCAGCCUCAAGGCUACAGGAGUCUAGCUCACCUGCUGGAGACCACUCACAACAAGAUCGUGGAUGGCAUCACGUGUCCCAAGAAGUCCUAUGUGGAGGAGACAGAGGUUGACGAUUUCAUCACCGAGGUGGCAGACAGCCUCUUCAAGCACGCUCUAGAGAAGGCGAAGAAGAAAAAGGAACAGGAAGCCCCGGGCAAAGACGUUCCAAACCUCCAGGGUUUUCUCCAAGAAAGUGUGAACAGUUUGCUCUUUGACGUCCUUUGUCUUGCAUCAAAGAAAAUCGGGGACAUUUCCAAGUUUAAUCUGGGGUCCGUCGACUCACAGGAGGGGGGCGCCUGCUUCAGAUCCAACAAGGAGCGUAGGGAUCCAUUCAGCCAAUUGCAGCAAUUCACUGGCCCCCAGCAACCUGACAAUAAUUCGAACUUGACCGGAAUGUUCCACCACACAGAGAAGUACCGAUUGGACGAGAAGGAGAGGGAGGGUGAACCUCCUGGAUCUCAGAGCUCACCACUCCACAUCAAAGAGCUACACAGACAUGGUCAGACUAAAGCUCCGUCUGCAAAGGACUUCUGUGAAGUGCAGUGCCGGGGUAUGGUCAGAGAGUCUCUCAGUGAGGUCUGUGUGCUAAGCACAGAGCGGAGAGCCAGGCCUGGCAACGAUAGCAGACAGAGUUCUCUCACCCCUCAGUCCUCCCUGUCUUCCUGCCAGGGAGCGCUACUCUCUCUAAGGAUGGACUCAGAGUCCAGGACGCCAGUCACUUGCUUCGCCGACGACCUGGCCACCACGGUGGUUUCCAUGGCCACCGAGCUGGCGGCCAUCUACCUGGAGAACUCCAGCGGCAAGCAGCCGUGGUUCUGCGCCCUGAAGGGGGCGUCCGGGGAGGGCGCCGAGGCGUACCUGCUGCCCUGCCGCUCCGCCCUGCGGAGGAAGGAGGGCCAGAACGGCGGCGCGGCCUCCAAGAAGCACCGCCCCCCGCGCCUCAGCGAGAUCAAGAGGAAGACGGAGGAGCAGCCGGAGUUGAUGGAGCGUUUGGUGAACCGAGUGGUCGACGAGACGGUCCACCCGGACGACCCCCUGGACCCCUUCGCCCUGUUCGCCUCGGAAGUCACCGCCAGGAUCAUGAACUGCCCCGAGCUCAGUGUGGUGGACACCUCCAAGCCUGGCCAGUCCCGCUGCAGGCUGCCGUGCGAGAGGUGGAGCCGGGGCAAGCCGGCCAGCUACGAGAGCAUCCCAGAGGAGGACGCGGACCCCUCAGGGGCCCCCAACACCCUGGGGCCCGGCAGUCGGCUGGGCCAGAACCUGAGCAGGGGCAGCUCCAUCUCCAAGCAGUCCAGCUGCGAGAGCAUCACGGACGAGUUCUCCCGGUUCAUGGUGAACCAGAUGGAGACCGAGGGCAGGGGCUUUGACCUGCUGCUGGACUACUACGCGGGGAAGAACGCCAGCAGCAUCCUCUCCGCCGCCGUGCAGCAGGCUGCCACCAAGAAGAACGGCCACCUCAACGUGCGAGCCCCCUCCUGCCUGUCCAAGCAGUCCAGCACGGAGAGCAUCACGGAGGAGUUCUACCGCUUCAUGCUCCGGGACAUGGACAAGGAGAACAAGGACUACCGCAUAGCCAAGACCAAGGAGUGGAGUAACAGCUUACAACCUCCAUCCCUCCGGACCCCGUUCUGUAUCCGCCAGUCCUCGGUCCCCGACAGGCGCUCCUCCGACUCCAGGCUGACCGUGAACUCCCCCGUCAAAGCCAACUCUUUCGAUGGGUUCGCCCGCAACGUGCGUGGAGACACGCUCAACAUCUACCCCGCCAACUCGGCGUCGGCCUCGGGCUUGUGUAAGUCCGACUCCUGUCUGUACCAGCGAGGCCACGCCGACCAGAUCACCGACAUGCUGAUCCACGACACCUGGUCCAGCUCCAUCGAGUCCCUGAUGAGGAAGAACAAGAUCAUCGCCGAUCCAGAGGACAGCCUAGACCUGGACGGAGCAGGGGACCACCCUCAUGUCCAGCAGCAUGCCAGCCGUCUGGCAGCAGACAUUAUGGAGGCCGGGAGGGUGGCCCUGGGGGGCCAGCAGGAGGCGGGAGGGGUAACGACUGACCGGAAGCAGCACAUGCCUGUAGGGGAGAAGAGGAGAGGCUUCAAGCAGUCCCGCCCCAGCUGCAGCCGCAGCAGGGCCGGCCAGGAGCAGGCUGGUGGGGGCGGGGGUGACAACAGCACGCCCCCCGCGAGGGGCACCAGGGAGGUGCCUCUGAUCCACAUCGAGGGCGAUCAGAGGGACGAGCCACACAAGGAUCCAGGAAGGGCUGAAAAUCACCCCCGGGACUUGGGGCCACACGUGAUGUGUCAGAGGCGGGCAGACAGAGGGUUGGUGAGCCUCAGCAGCAGUGAAAGAGACAGGGCAGCGGGGGAUGCCGCAGGGGAGCGUAACAAGCGCUCCCUGAGUGAUAGUAGUGAGGAGAGCACAGGAAGCUGGUCCCACAUCGCCCCUGACGACGACCCCCACGAGGAGAACAGUAGUUUUAUCCAACUGAGCGAGGGGAACGGAAACAGCAGUGCCUCCAGUCUCGGGUUAGGAGACCUGGAGACUUUCCCUGACAUGCCCAACCAAAGCUCAGUAGGAAGUGAGGAGGCCGAGAAGCCUCAGCUGGCAGAGACCAAGGAGAAUGUUGACGAGGGGAUCUCCAUCCGCACCGUAAGGUCCAGCUGCAGCCAGCGGGAGCUGCUGGUGGUGAACUGUGAGCUGGAUCCUGAGUGCGUGGACCCAGAGUUACGACUGGUGCUCCAGUGGAUUGCUGCGUCAGAGUUGGGCCUCCAGGCUCUUUAUUUCCGGUGGUCCAGAGAGAUGAUCACAGCCAAGUUCCAGAGGGUGCUCCAGCACGUGUCCAGGAAGGCUUGGAGAAUCGCUGAUCUCUUUGGAGCUGUUAUUCAAUUCUGCCAGCUCCCCCAAGAAAACAAUGCAGGAGAAUCUCUCUCCAGCCUGUUUGACUGGCUGCUGGAGAACCACUAGGCUGUCCUAGCAUGUUCUCUCUCUUUCACACACACACACAUAUUCCUGCUGUGUGCACCUGCCCACAGCCCCUAGUGUAAAGCUCCCUUAAGAUUCCUCCGCUGCAUCCCCGAGAACCCUCCCCUUCUCUGUCCUCUACUAGACCCGGGAGAGAGCCUCUCUAUUGAACUGCUGUUAACCAACUAGUCUCCCUUGAAGAUCAGCAUGUUUCACUCUCUGCACAUCCCUUUUGAGAUUAGCCCUAGAAAGAAAAAACAAGCAUCAGGUGGGAUGUAACUUUGUAGUGAAAGUAAACCUCAGAUAUUCUAUCUAGCCUGCUGCUUUUUACAGCCAAAUAUGUAUUUAUUCUAUAUUACUGAACACAAGGAACACCAAUGCAAGUGUUUUUUGAUCUCUUCCACUGAAGUACCAGACAAUGUAACAAUAUGCUCCCCAAUUCCCAUCCCUCCCUUUAAAGACACUCUCAUGUACACAGUUGAACAGCUACCAUGGUACAAGCCAGCAAGUAAAUGUAGAUCGGACUAUGAAUCCACCACUUCUACAGACAGAUACAGGUGUGCACUUCACUUAAAAAAACGGAUCAAAUGUCCAUAUAGUUGAUGUUUACAUUGGAGACGUGUCCACUUUGGUUGUGACCUUGAAGUUGAACUAUAAGUAUGUUAUUUGUUGUUCAUGUUCUUUGAAUUUUGUUCUAUAGGGUAGCUGUAAAUACUGUAGAUUCUCAACUGCACCUUGGGUAAAGGACUCACCGCAAAAUAUUCUCAUUCAGUUUUUGUUACUACAGAAAGACAGAGGUAUAUCAACGUUUGUAAUGUCCAGUUGAUGUGUUACACUGGUUUCUGCGUAGUGGUACUGUGUUUAAUCAACAUUAAAAGCACACAAUUCAACUGUCAACUCUGUUGCUGUAGAACUGAAUGUAACUUUUCAAACCAAUAA